GCUAGCCUAAUACACGCUCACGUGUGCACGCUAAAUGAUCUCUGGCUGAACGGCCCGCUUUCUUUCAGCAGCGUUAGCAGGCCGGGCGUAGUGCGUGUGAACGCGAGUGAAUCGUAUCCCUUUCUUUACGAGUGAAUGGCUCUACAGUGCGCUGUCUACCGGAACGCAUUGCUUUUGUGCCGUAUUACGCGUGCGUCCCUGCAGGCCGGCGCCCCAGUACCUCGCCUUGCAAAGCCAGCCGGUCGCGGUUGUUCCCACUUUGUGUUGCCACAACGACAAAUGUCCCGUCUGGCAUCGCCAGCAUACCUCUCGCCUGCCGCUACAAUGCCCAAGCAGGCGUACGAUUAUUUCCUCGUGCUGGACUUUGAGGCCACCUGCAGCGCAGAGAAAGGAGUGCCAACACCGCAGGAAAUCAUUGAGUUUCCAGUCCUCAAGGUUAAUGGCCGCACAUUUGCGACAGAGUCCACUUUCCACACAUACGUCCAGCCACAGGCGCACCCUCAGCUGACUGCAUUCUGCACAGAGCUAACAGGCAUUGUGCAAGACAUGGUGGAUGAUCAGCCACAUCUGCACCAAGUGCUGAGUCGCUUUGAUGAUUGGAUGCGGGAGCAGGGCUUGCUCCAGGCACGGACAGUGUUUGUCACCUUUGGUGAUUGGGACCUGCAGAAAAUGCUUCCCUCGCAGUGUGCCUACCUUGGCAUACCAGUGCCGCCUUACAUGACUCGAUGGAUCAAUUUGAAAAAGGCGUUUGCAGAGUGCACGGGUCACUGGCCCAAGACCCUGCUGGAUGCACUGCGCUUCUGUAGGCUGCCUCAUCUGGGACGCCACCACAGCGGCAUUGAUGACUGCCGCAACCUGGCACAGCUUGUCGCCUGGUUGGCAUCCCGUGGCUACCAGUUCGCGUGAGCCGAUGUUCAAGCAGGCAGAGUUGUCGCAGAAAGCCGCGGUUGGGCACGAUCUCGCGGCGUGCACGCACAAGGCGCACGGCCUCACGGGCGCUCAGCCGCCGACGCAGCAUGAGAAAGGCGAUCACCAGCGUCGCUGAGCGGCUGAUUCCUUGGUGGCAGUGAACAUAAACACGGCCCCCGGGCUCGGCCAGUGCACUGUCGAUGAAGUCGGCAGCUUCGUCAAAGAAGCGGUCCAGCCGGAACCCGGCCAUGUCCAGUGCCUCGAUGCCUAAGAAGCGAAUGCCGGCCGCCCGGUACAAUGCCGGCCCCGUGUUGACCAGGCACAGUGAGG